AUAGAAGUAGAUAUGAUAAUGGCAGCGAAGUAGAAAACAUAGAGGACGGAUCAGAUGAUAGUGAUUGUGCUGUAGAAAACAGAACAAAUGGAAUGCAAACAAAUCAAGAAGAAGAAGGAAAAUUACCUGCAAAUAACACGUCAAGUAACAAUAUACCUAUUCAAAGAAUUGUACAAAGCAUUAGAAAUAGUAAAAGAAAAUCUUCAAGUAUGUUAAAAGAAGGAUGGUUAAUUCAUUAUACAAAUAAAGAUAGCAUGAAAAAGAGACAUUAUUGGAUGAUGGACACAAAAACAAUUACUCUUCAUCAAAACGAAGCUACAUCUAAAUAUUAUAAGGAAAUUGCUCUGUCAGAAAUUUUAUCUGUAGAACCCGUAGAACAAACAAAUUCGUCAAAUCUCAAUAAGCAAGAUUUUUGUUUCAAAAUACAUACCUCAAUAGUUGAUUAUUUUGUUGGAGUGGAAGACGAUAAGAAUGUUGCUCAAGGUUGGGAAAUUGCAAUAAAGCAAGCAUUAAUGCCAGUCGUUGCUUCGAUAACGUCUCUGCAGUCUCCGCGUUCAAAUAAGAGUUCUCCAGAUAGCCAAAACCAAAAUGAAAGUACAAAUGGAAGUAUGGAUAUAAGUCAGCAGUAUCAGAUAUUUCCUGAUGAAGUUCUUGGCUCUGGACAAUUUGGUAUUGUUUAUGGAGGUGUGCAUCGUACUUCUGGAAGAGCAGUUGCUAUAAAAGUAAUUGAUAAACAACGAUUUCCAACGAAACAAGAAGCUCAACUUAAAAAUGAAGUGUCAAUUUUACAAAAUCUCAGUUAUCCUGGUGUUGUAAAUUUAGAAAGAAUGUAUGAAACAAAUGAAAAGAUUUUUGUAGUAAUGGAGAAAUUGAAAGGAGAUAUGUUAGAUAUGAUUCUUACGAGUGAGAAAAGGCGCCUUUCGGAAAGAAUUACAAAGUUCCUCGUAUACCAGAUUUUAAUUGCUUUAAAACAUCUUCAUUCUAAGAAUAUUGUUCACUGUGACUUAAAACCAGAAAAUGUGUUGCUGUCUUCUAAUUCAGAUUUUCCUCAAGUAAAACUGUGUGAUUUUGGAUUUGCACGAAUUAUUGGUGAAAAAUCCUUCAGAAGAUCUAUUGUUGGAACACCAGCAUAUUUAGCACCAGAAGUUAUACUGAAUAAGGGAUAUAAUCGCUCAUUGGAUAUGUGGUCUGUUGGAGUAAUUAUUUAUGUUAGCCUUAGUGGGACUUUCCCAUUUAACGAAGACGAAGAUAUCAAUGAUCAGAUUCAAAACGCAGAAUUUAUGUUCCCUCCAGAUCCUUGGAAAACUAUUUCCUCUGAGGCAAUUCAUCUGAUCAGUGGUCUUCUUCAGUUAAAUGCCAGGAAGAGGUAUACCGUUGAUAAAACUUUGGCUCACACUUGGUUACAGGAUUAUCAAACCUGGUGUGAUCUAAAAGAAUUGGAAUCAGAAGUAGGACAGAGAUAUUUAACUCAUAAGUCCGACGAUGCACGUUGGGAAGCGUACCGAUGCCAACAUAAUCUCCCUCCUGCUCCAGCAUCACCUUAUCCAUUGGAGACAGAUGAAGACAAUAUGGAGGAAAGCGAUUCUAGUCCAUCUGCAGACACGACUGUGGAUUCUAUAGGAAAGUCAAAAAAUACAAAUAUGUAAAGAAGUUAUCUAAUAAUGUUUCAAUUAUAGUUUAUAUCAGCAAAUUGCAUAAAAAAAGGAUACAAUUCAUUUUACGUUUAUCAGUUUUUAGAGUAAAACAAUAAAUAAUUCGCAUUAGACUUAAUCAGAUUAUUAAAAUGAUUAAUGUUAAAUAAUAUAUACCAAAUUGGUAUAUUUUUUCUUAUAGAUAACUUAUGAGAAAGUUUUUAAUAUUGGACUUUGAAAUAUUAAAAAGGAAUUUCAGAAGUUAUAUAGCAUUUAGAAUAUCUAUCAUCAUUAAAUGGUUAAAACUUAUUUAGAACAUUUGUGUAAUUGUAUAAAAUUAAUGAAAAAAAAUUUAUACAUGUAAUGACUAAUGCAACAGUUUUUUAUGGUAUAUAUUGAAUAUAUUUAUAACAAGUUAACAAAUUUUAUUACUUUACAUGUUCUGCAUGGCUGAUAAAACAAAUAUUGCGAGUCAAAGCAUAGUUCAUGGACUUGAAAGGUUCUUGCAAGAUUAGCAUCUGUUUGAAUUUCAUAUCUGAAAGCACUACUUUUCAAAUGAAAAGUUUAUUUGCAGGAAGUAAACUUUGGGAUGCUGGGAGUCGAGGUUAUCCUUCAACUCUGUAGUAAAUAAAUGUUCAAGAUUUAAAUUUUACUCACAAUGCAUAGUAGGGCAGUAAGGAGCAUAUUGAUUUGCAGCAGAACGGCAUAAGAGUAUCUAAUGCCCUAGACAAAGAAAAUUUAGGCACCCCUAUAUAUUAUUUGUAAAUAUAUAUUAUCAUACUAACACAAUCACACAUGUAUUCCUAUAUGUGUAGAUACAGUUGACCUCCCCUAUAACACGGUAGAUACGUUCUGGUUUUUAUGAAUUCAUUUUCUACGAGUCCAGCCAAUCACAGCCCGGCACGUAUGCAGUUUACAGACUAUGGCUGUUUGAAAGGUUUCUUUC